AUGCCCUACUCGCAUCAUAGCCAUUCGGGCCAAUUCUGCGCCCAUGCGAAGGACACGCUGGAAGAGGUCGUGCGGACAGCGAUAGCGAGCGGGUUCCGGACGUAUGCGUUGACGGAGCAUAUGCAUCGCGAGAAGGAGGACUUCUACCCUGAGGAAGAAGCAUCCUACACCGAGGAAGGCCUUGUUCAGUUGGCCGACGCGUUUUACGCCGAAGCUGUGCGACUUAGGGAGAUGUAUGCCGGACAAAUCGAUCUGCCCAUUGCCUUUGAGACGGAAUGGAUACGGCCGUCGACUCUCGGACUCAUACGGUCGCUCGUCGCAAAGCACCCCUACGACUUCCUCAUUGGCUCUGUUCAUCAUGUCCACACGAUACCGAUUGACUUCGACAAGCACACAUACCAGAGCGCUCGCGAAAAAGCAGGAGGCACAGAUGAACGACUUUUUGAAGAUUACUUCGAUUCGCAGUACGAAAUGCUCCAAGCUCUCCAGCCCGCAAUCGUGGGGCACUUCGACGUGAUAAGACUGAUGAGCGACGAGCCCAACACUGGGUUUCAGAAGUUCAAGGGCGUCUGGACAAAGGCAUUGCGCAAUCUGGAGUACAUCAUAUCGUACGAUGGUGUGUUGGAACUGAACUCUGCUGCGCUCCGGAAGGGCCUGGACGAGCCAUAUCCAUGUCUCGAGGUCUGUGAGACAUUUCGUCGCAUGGGGGGCCGUUUCAGCAUGUCCGACGACAGUCACGGCAUCGAACAAAUCGGCACAAAUUACCGCCGCCUGCUACACUUCAUAGAGAAAGCCAGCAUACCCAAUAUUUACAUCGCCGACUGCAACUCCCAAAGCGGAGCAGAUCGGCGAUCUCCCACUCCUCGAUUCUCCAGCGUGAGCAUCUCGCAGCUCAAGAAUCAUGCGUUUUGGGCAGCAAAUCCUUGA